AUAGGGCAAGUGAGAUAAAGGCAUUAUUUGGUCAACACUUUGAGGGACAGUUGAAAUGUGACAUGGUGUUCCUAUACAAAGUUAUACUGAAGUUAUUUUGAGGGCAAACUUGUGCAUAUUUUUUGCGCACUGCGCAGCGUGCGGUAGCAGGUAAAAUCAUUGCAUUUCUGUGCGGGCACUGUGAUUUGUGUGACGGGAAUAAGAUAGCCUUCGUCGUUUGAAAGGAGAAUGCCUAGGAUAAUUUCAGUAUAAUCCAUUUAAAAUUAAUUUUCUCGUAUUAUGGGACAAUUUCUAUGCUUUUUCCACCUGCUCAUGAAGACAGCAAGGCGAAUAACCAAACUUCAGUGCGAGGAAAACGACAAAAGUUCUACUCGUUCAUAAACAUAAAAACUUCAAAAACAAGUGCGAUAUAAAGCAGAAAGUGUUACCUACCGACACCUACAAUAUGAUGGAAAAACCCAAAUCGUUUAGUAUAGACGCUUUGUUAGCGAAGUCCGACAAGGGGCACUCAGGACUGGCCGGACGCAGUCCUAAGGAAGUGGAAGUGGACGUUACAACCUACGACAUGGACAGUCCAGACCACUUGACUGGUCACGGGGGGACAAGCCCAAGAUCCAACGCCUCCAGCUCCCGGGGGUCGACACCGCAGAACCCGAGGGAAACAAUGUCACGAGGGGGUGGAGUGGGCAUGGACUCAGACUCGGACAAGGAGAGCUGCUCACCUCAGUCAGGGUUCAUUCCUCGUCCAGGACUUCUCCCUCUAAACCCCAACUUAGGAAUCCCCCAGCAGGGCUCCCCGGGCUUUCUACCGGCCGGGUUCUACCUGGGCCACCAUAUGUUCCCCUUUAACGGCCAAUCUCCCCCGGGACCCCAGGGUUUGCCCAGCGGCCACCCCCCUUCGUCAUCGGGAGGCGUUUCACUCAACGGCAGUGCGUUCCAUACCCCGGUGGAACAGCUGUACAAGAUGGCGCAGGCGUCUCAGAAUCUCCAGUUGGAAUGGUGGGCGAGGGCGGCCCAGAACGGGCUCUUUAUGCCUCGGGUCACAGAUUAUAACGGAAACUCCCCGACGAGCCUGCUUGGCAAAACUCGGCGACCACGAACAGCGUUCACCAGUCAACAACUAUUAGAAUUAGAACGACAGUUUAAAAUGAACAAAUAUCUUUCUAGACCAAAGCGAUUUGAGGUUGCGACGUCUCUCUGUCUCACGGAGACUCAGGUUAAAAUUUGGUUCCAAAAUCGGCGAAUGAAAUGGAAACGCUCCAAGAAAGCAGUCGUGGAAACAAAAACAAAGCAGCAAGAAUUGAACAAAACCGACAAAGGAGACAGAGAAGUCACAAAACUAGCGGACCACGUUGGCUCCAAAUCAAAUAGCUCGAAUAACAAGACGAUUAGAAUUCCACACGAGGAAGUUAGUGGGGGGAGUGGUAAGAAAACCGGAACACCUUCAGACUCCAGGAAUGGAGACAAACACUGCAGGUGAAAAAGGAAAGGGAUCUCAUUGACGAUAUUCAAACAUGUAAAUAUACAUUGGCUUGUUAUUUAUUGGAUAAAGUAAAAUAUGCGAGGUCAUAGUUACAUAUUUAUUGGAGAAAGUGGAUUUUAUGACGCCAUAGUUACAUAUUUAUUCGAUAACGUGAAGUAUGUGACGUGUUAGUUUUAUAUUUAUUCGAUAAAAUAUUGUGACGUCAUAAUAACAUUUUCAUUUGAUAAAUUAUAAUAUGUGACGUCAUACGUGCAUGUACCAUUUACACGUACAUAUGUAAUAUCAUACUAAGUCCACAUCUGUUUUUACGUAACUUGAAAGGCAUAAUGUAAUGAAUUCUGCGGUUCAGUUUCAAGGUAUGAAUUCAACUAUUAUAACCAUCUUCAAGACUGAAUAAUUUGAACGGGUAUUGGUUAGUAAAAAUUUGGAGUCGUGAUUUGUGUUCCGACAUGAGAAAGACACGACAAGUUGUCUCCCUUUUUGAGGCAACACACAGGUAUAACUGUUGGUGCAUGUUGCAUCUGUUCCAUGACAUUCUAAUCGUAAAGUAUCUGACAAAAGUGAGGUUGUAAAUUUGUAAUAUAGUUACACUAGUUCACGAGUGAGUCACGUUAGUCUGUGUUCAAUGUAAACGUUUCAUAUUUUGCGUCAUGUUUCUUACACGAGAUCAGAAUUCUUUAAUUUCUUUACUCACAACGGGUUAUGACUUCCUUGGAUAAUCGCCAUGGCAACAAUUUUUAACGUCAUAUGUGUCAAGGAGAGGUAACUUUCAGGGAACUUAUGCGAUCUAAAUACACAGUGCAUUACAUAGAUGCUUGCGGCACAUGGCUGCUUCAAGUUAAGUUUGUGAUUAGAAAAUGUUGGUUUGAAAAUAUUUUUGCAGGGUAAAAUAUAGGUGUACUACCAAAAGCUCUCAAAUCGGUCCAUGACGUUGUGAAUGUAUUCAGAGAUGCGCUCAAGGAUAUACCAAAUUCCAUAUCACGUAAUGCCAGUCUAAUUUUUUGUUCAUAUUACCAAUUAUUUGUCAAAAAGAAAGCAUUACGUGCGUCAGAGUAUCUCAACGGAUAAUGUAUUUUUCUUCCCUCUACUUGUUCGGGUCACUGUUGUCAUUUUAGACUUGUGGAAUUUUUUCUUUUUAAAAUUUUGUGACACAACAGUGACAGUUCUUCCUAGAAAUCUAUUGGUCUUGACUAAUUUGAAUCCGUGAUGUAGUUAACUGCUGUGUUUUUCUAAUCUGCUGAUUGUGAAAGUUGGUGUUGCUGAAAUAAUAAUAAUUUGUAUGAAAAA